UGGUGCUUCAACACACUCAGCUUAACACAGUCAUACAUACUCCAUCAGCUCGAUACCCCUUGUCGCCUACAGUAUCUCAAGUUCGACUGAAUCUACUACAUUUACUCCAGAUUCACUAUUUCCUUUAAUCUUAGCGACAUACGUUCAUACGAUAUGGAGAGCGGAAAACUCGCGCCACCUAACCUACAGGUCAACACUCGGCAACGAGCUCUGAGCAACACCGAUACCAUUUCUUCUUCCACAUCCGAUCCUUUCCGGACACCAGUAUCGCCACUAUCAGAAGUAUCCCCUAGCAACGCAUCAACAGCAGUAAACGAUUCCGAGACCGCAUUACUGCCCGAUCCUGGGACGGAGGGCGACUUCAAAGUGGACAACAAUCCUUUCGCCUUUUCCCCAGGCCAACUCAAUAAGCUCUUCAACCCAAAGUCGUUGCCUGCUUUCCAGGCGCUAGGUGGCUUACAAGGUAUUGCACAUGGACUGCAGUCAGAUACACAUACUGGGUUGAGCAUCGACGAAGCAGCUGCUCCUCAGCAAAUCACAUUCGACCAAGCCGUGCAUGGCGCAACUAAUGACAAGAAGACCGAACGAUCACAUAGCGGCGGACAACCUUUCGAGGACCGGAUACACGUAUACGGACGAAAUGUAUUACCCCCUAAGAAACCAACGCCGUUAUGGAGACUAGUAUGGAACGCUUAUAACGAUACUGUACUUAUCGUUCUUACUGUCGCCGCCGCCAUUUCACUGGCACUUGGCCUCUAUGAGACGUUCGGCGCGGAGCACCCGCCUGGUUCACCAACACCAGUAGACUGGGUAGAGGGGCUUGCUAUCUGUAUCGCUAUCGUCAUCGUCGUCCUGGUCACAGCCGUGAACGACUGGCAGAAGGAGCAAGCGUUCGUUCGACUCAACGCUAAAAAGGAAGAGCGUGAGAUCAAGGUCACACGAUCCGGCAAAGCCAUCAUGAUCAGCGUCUACGAUGUACUCGUUGGAGACAUCAUCCACAUGGAGCCCGGUGAUGUCAUCCCGGUCGACGGCAUCUUUAUCGAAGGUCACGAUGUUAAGUGCGACGAAUCUUCUGCCACUGGCGAGUCAGAUGCGAUCCGCAAGACACCCAGCUCCAUGGUCAUGAAAGCGCUUGAGAACUGCCAGUCUCAGAAGGGACUCGACCCUUUCAUCAUCUCCGGCGCCAAAGUCAAUGAGGGUGUUGGUACCUACAUGGCCACUUCUGUAGGUGUACACAGCUCUUUUGGCAAGAUCAUGAUGUCUGUUCGCACUGAGAUGGAAGCCACACCACUUCAGGAGAAGCUUGGUGGUCUCGCUGUCGCCAUCUCCAAGAUUGGCAGCGCUGCUGCCGGCAUUCUCUUCUUCAUCUUGCUCUUCCGCUUCGUUGGCGGUCUGUCAGGUGACAACCGCACACCUACCGAGAAGGGUUCCGCUUUCAUGGAUAUCUUGAUUGUUGCAGUCACCAUCAUCGUCGUGGCGGUACCUGAGGGUCUACCUCUUGCUGUUACACUCGCCUUGGCUUUUGCAACCACAAGGAUGCUGAAGGAGAACAACCUUGUCCGUGUUCUGCGAGCAUGCGAAACCAUGGGCAAUGCUACUGCGAUAUGCUCGGACAAGACAGGAACGCUCACCACCAACAAGAUGACAGUCGUUGCUGGCAAGUUUGGUACUGCCAGCUUUGCACAAUCCGACACUGAGACUGGAACGACUCUCGCAUCUUGGGCCUCCAAUGUUACCCCCGCUGCCAAGGAGCUCCUCGUUCAGUCAAUCGCUAUCAACUCCACCGCCUUCGAGGGUGAAGAGGAGGGCAGGCAGGUGUUUGUUGGAUCCAAGACCGAGACUGCUUUGUUGCAACUUGCCAAGGACCACCUUGGUCUUCUGUCACUACCUGAAGCUCGCGACAACGGGGAGGUUGUGCACAUGAUGCCGUUCGAUUCGAGCAAGAAGUGCAUGGCUGCAGUUCUCAAGCUCAAGACAGGCGGCUACCGUCUGGUUGUCAAGGGUGCCUCUGAGAUUCUUCUCGGCAUGUGCUCAGAGCAAGCCAACUUCAAGACACUGGAGACUGAACCCCUUUCCGGGGAAGGUCGCCAGGCACUACUCUCGACAAUCGGAGAGCUCGCCAACAAGUCUCUGCGGACUAUCGGUCUUGUCUACCAGGAAUACGCCCAGUGGCCUCCAGCAAACGCCAAAUUCACUGAGACCGGCAGCGUCGACUUCGCUUCCAUCCUUAGCGAUCUUACCUUCUUCGGUGUAGUUGGUAUUCAGGAUCCCGUUCGCCCCGGUGUGCCAGAGGCCGUUCGUAAAGCCCAAGGUGCUGGCGUUACCGUUCGCAUGGUCACUGGUGAUAACAUACAGACCGCACGAGCCAUUGCAACGGAGUGCAACAUCUACACUGAGGGUGGCGUUGUCAUGGAAGGACCCGAGUUCCGUCGCCUUUCCGAGGCUGAGAUGGAUGAGGUCAUUCCCCGUCUCCAGGUUUUGGCUCGAUCUUCGCCUGAAGACAAGCGUGUACUCGUUAUGCGCCUCAAGGCCCUGAACGAGAUCGUGGCUGUCACAGGCGAUGGAACCAACGACGCACCUGCUCUUAAGGCUGCCAACAUUGGCUUCUCCAUGGGUAUCUCAGGUACUGAGGUUGCUAAGGAGGCAUCUGCCAUCAUUCUCAUGGACGACAACUUCACUUCGAUCAUCACCGCCCUUAUGUGGGGACGAGCCGUGAACGAUGCCGUACAGAAGUUUCUUCAGUUCCAGAUCACUGUCAACAUCACCGCCGUUCUGCUCGCCUUCGUCACAGCUGUCUAUGACGACGAGAUGAAGCCCGCCCUGAAGGCCGUUCAGCUACUCUGGGUCAACCUGAUUAUGGACACCUUCGCCGCCCUUGCCCUCGCCACUGACCCUCCCACCGAGCGCAUACUCAACCGCCCACCCCAAGGCAGGGACAAGCCGCUCAUCACCACCACGAUGUGGAAGCAGAUUACCGGUCAGAACAUCUAUAAGCUCACCGCAAUCUUCCUACUCUACUUUGCCGGUGGUGACAUCCUUGGCUACGACCUCUCGGACCCCAACAAGAAGCUCGAGCUCGACACUGUCAUCUUCAACAGCUUCGUCUGGAUGCAGAUCUUCAACAUCUUCAACAACAGGCGUCUGGACAACAAGCUCAACAUCUUCGAGGGUAUCCAUCGCAACCACUUCUUCACUUUCAUCGUUGUUCUCAUCAUUGGUCUUCAGGUCAUGAUCAUCUUUGUUGGUGGACGUGCCUUCGAGAUCAAGCCUGGCGGUAUUGAUGGCACUCAGUGGGCUAUCUCGAUCAUCAUUGGUUUCCUUUGCAUUCCUUGGGCUGUUGCGAUCAAAUACUUCCCUGAUCCUUGGUUUGCUGCUAUUGCACAUGUCACUGGUACACCGGUUGUUAUUGCUUAUAGGUGGAUUGGUAAGGGCUGCUCUGCUAUUGGUAGCCUAUUCAGGAAGAAGAAGACUCAUGAUCCUGAGAAGGAUGUCGUAGUCACUACACCACCUAUUGUUGUCGUUGAUGAUGCGGCAUCAUCACAGGAGAAGGAUAGGUCACAAGUGUGAUUUUUUUAGUGUUUGCUUUGCUUAGACUGUACUUGUACUUUGUACGAUACUAAAUGAAGAUGAACGAGUCCUUGACUUCUA